UGUUUUUCAGCAUGCAAUACAAAGAGCAACAAGCCAUCAAAGAAUGAAAUAGAGUAUCGAUAAGGAUUAUGUCCUCAUUCCAGGAAAUUGUCAUGAAGUUUAAAGUCCUGUUUUAUUUAUGGUUGCUGGGUCUAAUAAAGCCAGGCUUCUCUGCAGAUGUUUCUGUGUCCCCGGGAUCCUCAGCUAUCCUUAACUGCUCUGUUACAUUGCCCCCUAUGGUCGAUAAUUCACUUUUAAUGACCACCUGGUCUUUCAAUGAUUCAGUCAUUGCCUCAACAAACCACACUGAACCUGGCUUUUUCUUGAACACCACUGCUUCCUUUAUUGGCGCUUCCCCACUGACAGUUUACAAUACAACUCCAGACCAGCAAGGGGUGUAUGAGUGUAAUGUGACCUACAAUGGCACAGACUACUCAACAGAUGUGAGCCUGACUAUUUUAGUUCCCCCUUCGAUCUACAUCAAGUCACCUGAGGUGGUUCUAAAAAGAAAAAGUGAGUUUGAAUGUUGGGCGAUGGGGUUUAGUCCUCCCCAAGUAAUGUUUACCUGGACACGUGCAGGAGAGAAAAUCCCAGCACCCCAUAAGCUGCAAGUUAAUCGUACAAAGGAUGGUUUGUAUGAUGCUGUCAGCUGGUUGACCUUCAUCCCUGAACUGUCUGACCAGAACACAACAUUUGGCUGUGAGGUCCAGCAUCCAGCACUGGGGAAACCAACCACAAAAAAGUUUAAGCCACAUGUGAUAGUGCUUCCAAAGGUCACUCUAUCUACUGUCCCCUCUGCUACUCACACCUCUCCACUCACACUCUCCUGUGAGAUCACUGGUUUCUUCCCUCACAAUGUAUCUGUUCUAUGGAUCCAAAAUGGAGAAGUUCUUCACGAGCAUUCAUCAGCUGUACAGAAUGAGUAUGGAUUGUACAGAACACAUAAGUACCACACCUUAAGUCUGGAAGAAAGGAACAGAGGGGGAGAAGUGCAGUGUGUGGCCCAACAGCCCCAUGUGCCAGAACCUGCCUUUGGAACCAUUGACCUAUCCACUAUGGACACACGUGUGCAAAAUCCAGGACUAAAUAAAUCAGCAAAGGCUUCAGUGGCGAUGAUGAUAAUUUCACUCACACUUGUUUUCUUGCUCUGCUUUGGAUUCUCCUGGAAGAGAAGUGAUGAGAAACUGAAGUCUCUAAAUAUAUCAGCAAUUGUUUUGCCACCCAGAGUGGUUGUGGGCAAGAAGGGCAGAGUCACAAUCAGCGUGGAAGGCAGGUUGGCAGAUAGAGUACAGACGACUUGGUUCCUAAAUGAUGUCCCUAUAACAGACACUUCAAACACAGGUGUGAAAAAAUUUUGUUCUUUCCGCUCGGCAGCCUACACGUCUCGCAGCUCUUGUGUGUCUGAGGCGUCUGAUAAAGGUCCUCUGCUGUCCUCUACUGCUGCAGGAUAUUACAAGCUCCACACUCAGCUGCCACUCCGCUCAUCCUCUGCUUCAAACAAACAGCUCUUCUCCUCCCUCACCUUUAUACCCAAUCUGUCUAUUCACAAGGGAGCAGUCUUUAAAUGCCGGAUCUCAUAUAAGGGCAAAGACAAGACUGUGGCAGAGAGAGUAUCUGAUAAGUUUACUAUUCUAGCACCCCCUGAAAUUUCGGAAAUCCAAUUCUCAGAGCCGAAUGUGGAACGAGGUGUUGUGACGCUGACAGCCCAGGCCACUCACUUUCAUCCAGACAUCAUCACUUUUCGCUGGUUCUGUGAAGGAGGGGAGCUUUGCCCAGUGUCUAUCCCUCCAGCUCUGGCCGCGCCUCGGCCUGAUGCUGAGGGUUUCUUUUCCGCAAUGAGCCAGUGCAGGCUUCCCAAAGCAGAGCUGGAAAGAGGAGAGACCAGAGUGUGGGUUACUGUUCACCACAUGGCCCUCAAGCUGCCCAUCACACGGGAAACCAGAGGGUUCAUUAAAAAACCCACGGUUUCAGAAAUUACCUCCUCUCCUUCUCCAUGCAUUGAGGGGAGACCCCUGACCCUUGCCUGUGAAAUAACAGGUUUCUACCCACCUGAAAUCUCAGUCAAAUGGCUGCAUGUAAAGGGGAAUGUGGCUGAGGAGGGAGAGGAAAGCAAGGUGGAAAUAAAGGAAGGAGAUGAGCUUUGGGGCCCUUUACAAACUCUGCCCAGGACAUUUCGGGCAAAUGCAUUCUUGAAGGAGGUGGAUGAGACAAUCAGGGGAGAUGAAAUCAUCUGCAGAAUAUUGCAUUGCUCACUUAUGAAGCCAAUCGAGAGAGUUUGGAGGAAUACUCAUAUGGUUGCUCCCACCAUACCCUCUUCUUUGUCAAUACAACGGGGCAGUGAUGGUGUCAGAAUAUUCUCCAUCCUUCUCAGUGGAGGAAACCCAAAUGCUGAACUGCUCUGGGCUGCUGGUGGCAAAAUGUUGUUUAAACUUUUGUCAAAAGAGAGAGAAAAAAUAAACAGUGAGGGGAAACCAGAGCUCAGGAGUGUUUGUGCUGUGGUGAGAUCCACAGGACAACAGGAAAGUCGCAGAGGUGGACACACUGAUAAAAUCAAGCCACCUGCUGCAGACCUUAAUGCAGAAUAUAAAAUAAAAGAAUUUGUGGAUGGACUGAGAUCAGUAAAAAAUGAUCAAACGCCUGAGGAAAAGGAGUAUAUGGAAAAGAAUGAAGCAGACAAGGACACGGAAGUGGAUCCAUCUUGUAUUAACAGAGUGAGUUUGACGCGAGAGCAUCUAAGAGUGACUGUGGAGAUCAAACAUCCUGCACUGAGCUUGCCUGCAUACCUUACAUGGACAGAGCCUGUAGAGGACAGAUUUUUCUAAUGGAUCAUCAAACCGGCAACCUUUUUUUUAGAAAUGUACUCAGACCUGACCCCACAUCUUUACUGGAUAUAACGUUAUAUUUAUUUAUUUCAUAAAAUCUAUAUUUUCUUUUACUACUAAUUACAUAAUGCACAACGAAUAGAGACACUACCAAACACUACAUAUUUUUAAAGCUUAUGUCUGUCAUCAGGUAUUGUAAUUAAAUAAACAUUUACAAAGCAAGCUGCCAUACGAUAUAAUGCGUCCGUGAGAAAGAAUAUGAAGUAGCACUGUGACAAUUUUUUAUGAGUUGUGUCAAACCUCAACCACAACACUUAUUUAAACAAGCACACAUAAUAUUAUAAGCUCAAUGGAACGUGUGUUCACGCACGCGCGCACAAACACUUUAAUAAAAUACAUAUCUAAUAUAUUAAAGGUUUAGGUAUACCUAAAAAAAAUCCAGUUGGUAUUAAAAAAAUCUAUAUUAAAUAUUCAUGUUCUUUACAUUACGUUGGAUGAAUUUAGAAAAUAAUGUAGAAAACAAUAAAUCACAAAAAAUACUGUUACUGGAUGACAGAUAGCUAGAUGUAAGUACUUUAAUGUGGAUGUUUUGAUGCACAACCUGUAAUUUAGAGAAGUGUUUGUCGAAAUGAUGUGGUUAAAUGUCACAGGCCCUUUGACGCUGCAUCUUUCUCACCACAAACCAACUCAGUGCUUCUGCGCUUGCUUUGGCUUGUGUUAUGAUUCACACCAUCGUCUUCCUUAUUAAAACGGACAUAUGAACGACAUGAACUAAACAAACAUGAGCAGCAUCACGCACUAAGGAUAUUAAUGACUAAAAUAAUUGUGCUUGCGUGGGUUAAAACGCCUAAUCAAUUGAGAUUAUUUGAAGAAAAAAAUCCGCGUGGUUCAGACAUCGACGCCAAAACUUGAAAGGGUUAUUAGUUUGUCAACACUUUUAUCAUCGGCAAUGGACACUUCUGAAGGCUCUGUAAACCGUAUUGGUCGCACUAUUUGGACAGUUUGGGUGAGUCAUUUCUUUUAAAUGUUAUCCGAAUAAAUGCGACCAUGUCUGUGAAAACCCAGCUAAAGUAUUUUUUAUUUGCUGUUUUGUACACAAAAUCAUCCUAAAUAACGCAUUCUGUGAGAAUAAAAAAUUGCUAUUUUUAAUACUGACUGAGUAUAAUGCCUUAAGAUUAAAGGCAAUGUGUUAACAAUGAGAAAUUCAAACUUUAAAGCUUUAAAUCUAGUUAUAUUGUUACUAAGUCUGGAUUUCACAGCCAGGCCAACCAAUGACAGUAAAAGGCACAUAAAUUCGAUCAAUUAUUCCAGUUAAAUACGUUAUAUUUUGCCUUAUAUCUAUAGUUUAAUAGUCUUAUUGAUUUUCUGUCUUUUAAAAUAAUAAGUGUUACAUGGACACAGGUAUACUAUAGUUUAUUGAGUAAUUUAACCUUGUGAAUUGUUUUGCUUAUGUAGGGUUAUCUGUCAGGGGCUGUUGCAAGAUAUCUUAGCCCAGAUGUCACUGUUAAUGGAAACCAAAGUGUUAAUUCUAGAGCAGAUACUCUCUACAGGAAUACAGCAAAAAAUACUGACAGGCCAGUAAAGGAGA